UAGUUAGUGGUUUAGUCGAUGCGCGCAGUUUGUACGUGUAACCGGUAUUGUACGUUAGUAGUUGGUACGCGGGUAGUCGGGGUACAUCAGGGUAUACCUGCCUUCGUUCGCUUCUCUCCGCGUAGAAAAGAAUCAAGAGCAGAGGAGAAAAGAUUGCAAACGCUAAGCUAAGUGGCUCGUGCAUCAAAAGAGAAUCAAAGAGUGAAUAUCUAUCUUGAGAGUACCGUGGAAGGUGAGCCCGCGAGAGAUGAGUACUCCGGUAAAGAAGGUACCCAUUCAUCUGCAGAGCGCGCAGAACAGAUUGUUAAUUAAAAAUGGCAAGGUUGUUAACGACGAUGGGAUAAUCGACAGCGAUGUCUACAUCGAGGAUGGCAUCAUCAGACAAAUGGGACGUAAUCUCAUUAUUCCGGGUGGCACGAGAACCAUCGAUGCUCGUGGAAGAUAUGUAAUGCCCGGUGGCAUAGAUCCACAUACACAUUUCGAGUUCGAGUUUAUGGGUACCACGUCGGUAGAUGACUUUUAUCAGGGCACAAAAGCCGCAGUCGCUGGCGGCACUACGAUGAUCAUUGAUUUUGUGGUGCCGCGAAAAGACGAGAGCCUCGUGGAAGCUUACGAGAGAUACAGACAAUCAGCAGACCAAAAAGUAUGCUGCGAUUAUGCGUUGCAUGUCGCCGUUACAUCUUGGAGCCCGAAGGUCAAAGAGGACAUGGCGACUCUGGUGAAAGACCACGGCGUCGGUAGCUUCAAAAUGUUUAUGGCGUAUCAAGAUAUGUUUAUGCUCAGAGAUCCAGAGCUGAUCGAGUCUUUCAAGGCAUGCAAGGAGAUCGGCGCCAUUGCUAUGGUGCAUGCGGAGAAUGGCGACCUUAUCGCGGAGAAUGCGAAGAAAUUACUAGCCGCAGGAGUAACUGGCCCAGAAGGCCACGAGAUGUCACGCCCCGAAGAGGUCGAAGCGGAAGCUGUGAAUAGAGCAUGUGUUAUCGCGAAUCAGGUGAAUAGUCCGUUGUACAUAACGGCGAUUUCAAGCAAAUCGGCUGCCGACGUUGUGUCGGCAAAGCGAUCGGACGGUAUCAUCGUUUUCGGGGAAACCUUGGCAAGCACCAUCGGUAUCGAUGGUAGCGAGCAAUAUGGCAAAGACGUGGAGAAAGCAAGGCGUUUUAUUACUAAUCCACCGUUGCGGCCUGACCCAACGACACCUGCCUAUCUAACUGAACACCUGGCCCAAGAUAAUCUUCAAGUUACCGGCAGCGACAAUUGCACAUUCAAUGCCGAGCAAAAGGCUCUGGGCAAAGACGAUUUUACAAAGAUUCCCAAUGGCGUGAAUGGUGUAGAGGACAGGAUGUCAGUGCUCUGGGAGAAGGGUGUGCACGCUGGUAUAAUGGAUCCUAUGCGGUUCGUUGCAGUUACCAGCACAAAUGCUGCCAAAAUUUUCAAUUUAUAUCCUCGAAAGGGUGUUAUAGCUGUCGGCUCAGACGCCGACAUUGUCGUCUGGGAUCCCAACAGGAAACGUACCAUUUCCGCCCAGACCCACGUCCAGGCUGUUGACUUCAACAUCUUCGAAGGUAUGGAAGUAACUGGAGUACCUGAAUACGUGAUUGUCAACGGACGCGUAUGUGUGGACGAGUGUGAACUCAAAGCUGUUCAUGGCUUCGGAAAGUACAUAAAUGCGGAUCCAUUCGGGACCUAUGUAUACGACAUGAUAAAUGACAAAGAAAAGAAACCACGUGGAGUCGCACGAACUGAAGCAGAGGCAAAGAGACAUGCCGAAGAAGACGCCGCGAUUGCAAAGGCUAAGGAACAAGCGGCAGCUGCGGCAGCGGCACGAGUCAAUCAGAACGGUUCAAUUCACGACAGUCCAAAGAUAAAAUUGCAAGCAGCCAUUUGUGUACCUACUUUACCGGAAUCCGCCGUGGUGACACCAUCCACGAAGGGUCCAAGACUCGAAGGGCAAAGAAACCUACAAGAUUCUACUUUCUCUAUCAGCGAGGAUGUCGAAGAAGCACGAAGGGCAUGCAUUCGCGUAAAUAAUCCACCGGGCGGGCGCAGUGCGGGAGGUUUUUGGUCUGUUCCAUCGAAGGAGGAUACGGAAACCACUGGCCAAUAGGUUGUACGUUCAUAUAUUCAUAUUAAUCGUUCUACUUUCGCUUCAUUAUCGCUUCAUCGCUGCAUUAAUUAUUGGCUUGCUUGAAUCAUUGUUCAUAGUCCAUUUUCCGAUUUCUACAUUAAUAAUUAAAAAUUUUUUUUAUUUUUGACAACGUUAUGUUAAUAGAUU